UGUAAACAAUAUGGCGGCGAUCCAGUGUCCCGCGGAAGUUUUAACUCUUACAAACUCUACUAGCUUAUGCUUCUAGUUCAAAAUUUUGAAAAUUUAGGUCAUUAGAACAUGCUUAAAGCAACAGCAAAUCCAUUUCAACUUGUAAUUCAAAGCUUUUGUUAACUUUCGCUUUUUCAAUCACGAAAUAGUUCGGAAAUUGACUUCACUUCAUAGAUUCACAAAUCAGAUUGCCGCUUGCGAUUGAUCUAUUAAAUCUAUUCUAGAUCUAGAAUCUAGUGAUUAGAUACAUCUAAGAUCGAGAUCUCUGAUCUAGAAUUAGAAAGAAAAAGACUAAAAAACAAAAAAUCCACAUUUGAAAAUGGAUGGUCAAAAUUAUUUGGAGUCCCUUCGAGAUGGAAGCAGAUCUAUCAGAAUAAACACAAACAGGCGACAAGAUCUCCUUAUACAACAUGAGAUAGAAAAUGUAAACAGAAAGUCAAUAAUUAAUAUCAGUGUAAAGAAAGAAUUAAUCAAGGCGGAAGAACCUAGUGAAGAAGAAAUCUUUAAAAGAAAAUUAGGCCCAGAAUUUAUUCCUCAACCUCCAAAAUAUGAGAGAAAGACUCAAUCAGUUUUUCAUGAGAAUAUCAAAACCAAAGAUGUUAAGCCUGACCAGUUUCUGAUCAUGCCAAACAUUCCACCUUAUUCUCCAGUGGAUGAGGGUGUAAAAACUAUCCUGGACUCUAGAUCCAGAAAGUUUCCUUAUGCUAACAAAAAGUUAACAACGACAGAAGAAAUGAAAAAACCAAGAAUAUCCACACUGGGAGUGCUGCCUGUCAGAGCAAGUUCAGAAUUUCCGAACUUACGAGUUGUGCUGGAGGGUGGGCCUGCCCCAGUGGAAGAUCCUGAGAAGCAUAUGCCACCAAGGCUUUACAACACUCCAGCAAAUUCAUUCAUUAUACCCAACUUGGUGCUAGGAGAUUACGAGUCUGAUGUGGAGAAGAUGAAGCAAAAUGAAUUGGACGAACAAAUAAAAGAGGAAAAUGAAAAACAGAUGGCGCUUAAAAAAAAGCCGGCUAUACUUCCAGGCGUUGGCACAUCAACAACUGUGAAGUUCUGUGAGAGAGCUAAGCCAGCACCAAAAAAGUCACAUCUUUAUGGCACUCGAAACAAAUCACAUUUUCUAAAAACACCUUUAAGAACAAACACAGCUGAAAGCUUCCAGUCAUCCCUCCUAAGCUGCGAGGUAAACAUCCCGGAUGAGUCUGUCUACAGCAGAUACGACGAUGCCAUCAUAAACAUCGACGGGGAAGCUGAGCCAGAGACUGCUGUACAGAUGGAAGAUAGAAAUUUGAACAGUCGUCCACCUAGCGAUGGCUCAGUGAAAUCUCUAAAAGAACUUCUUGAAGAGGCACAGCAGUUAUCCAGCACAUCAUCUGAGACUACCAUAGUUGAGGUCCAGGUCCAAAAGGAAAAGAAAAAAGGGAUUGGAUUAAAAUCAACAAAGAAAAACAUUAAUAGAUCCAAAAAAAUAGAAAAAGACUUGGCUGCAAAAGAUUCCAAAAAAGUAAUACCUAAGGUUGAAGAAAUAGUUGAAGUCAAAAGAGGGGAGAGAACUGUUGAUGAAAUAAUUGCCAGCUUGAAAGAUCAAACAGCUUAUAAUCAAGAAACUGAGGCUGAUAGGAAAAUUAAAGAGAUCAUGAGUAGGGUUAUGUCAAGAACCAAUGCAACACAAGUGGCUAAUGGGACAAAAACUGAAGAAGAAAACACAACACAACCUGAUGGCAGUACCCAGAGUAGAGGUGAAAGCAUGAUGGGCCCUUACCACACCACAGAAACUGAAAUGAAUCUCAACACACAGUGUAGUUCUGCUGAUUUCCUCCUAACUAAUGAGCCAGGGCCUAACGAGUACCAUGACGCUGAUCCUAUUGCUGAUGGUUUUAGAGGAUCAUCAGCAAUGCAUUAUCUUAAUGUGGAUGAAAGUGAUGAGCAGUCUGUAACCACCAGAGCUUUAGGAAGUGCCGGAUCCUUCACUGAUUAUCCAGAGGAUGAUGAUACUCACAGGGUCAUAUCUGCCAAUCAAAAAAAUCAGGAGAAGGGGACAGAACCUAACAUGGAACAGGCUUGGAAAGAUCUGCUGGCUCCACCAGAAGCCACAGCAGAAGACAUUCUAUCCAUCAUUGGCGAGGUCAAAGGGAUUCAAGAUCGCAAGCCACCUGCCCCAGAUAUUGGUCCAAAAGUGAACAUCCUGACUCCGUCUGUCUCCUUCCUGUCCACCUGGGCUCCUGCCGUGGAGAAUAAGUACGGCCCUGGCCCUGUCCCCAGCAAAGUGUACAGCAACAACCUGCACCAUUUCUGUCGCAUGUCUGUGGAGUACCAGCUGCCCUUGGAACUGGUGCACGCUGGCAGGAAGUACCACACACCUGAUAGGUUCCCCAGUGUCAAGCCCAACCAGCCUUUUAGGUUCAAACCUGAAGACUUUGCCGCACCUGUGGAACAAGAUCCCAUCGCCACACCCAGGGAGAGCAGGCUGGAGCUUGCUGCUGAGAGAGUGGUGCAGGCCUCCACAGACCCUGCUAUCACAUUCAUGGAGUGGCAGAAGAAGGCUGAAGAUGUGCUGGGUGACGUAGCACUCUCUGUGUCUGGCCAAAAAGUCCAGAUAAAAAGUGAUGAGUCACAGGUGUACUGGAACCCUGCCCCACCCAAACUUGGCACCAUACCCCAGAGGGUUCGCGAGGUUCUUUUCCCACAGUAUGAGCUGGAGGAACUAGAUGAAUUUGGCCACACAAAACCACCCCCACCUAAAGAAGAAGAAAGUGAAAGCAGCGAGGAGGAAGAGGAAAUUCCAGUCAUUUCAGAAGAGGAAAUAGCCGCCAAAGAGAGGACAGUGAGAAAGCGCCACAAUUCUGCAGAAAUGAUAACAGUCCAGGAAAAAGCAGCGCUCUUUGAAAGCAAUGAAGGAACUAAUAUAAAAGCUGGUGAUUCUAAACACCAAGACACAGUUUCAACUGCAAAUACUAAAAGUAUUCAAGAAAGACACACAAAACUGAGGCCACAAACUGCACCGAGACUUUUUGCCAGCACUGAUGACACUUUGAUUGUGCCUCAAGACUUUAAUACUGCAAUGAAUGAGAUAACACUACAGAAGCAACUCCUGGAGAGGGCGAAGAAAAAACAUAAUGUAAAAGAAGAGCCAGAAAAAAAGGAAGUCAUUGAACAAGAGAUUGCCCAAGAUCUGGUAUCCGAAGUUUCUGAUGUCCUAGAAGUUGUGCCCUCUCCUAUAAAAGAAGAAGAGCUGACACCAGCAGAAAAGGCCAUUUUAGCUGGGAGAAACUAUGUGAUUUUACCUAAACAGAAGAAGAAAAAGAGGGGCCAUGGAAACAUGGACUCUGCCAAACUUGAUGCCCUAGAGAAAAUGUUUGCCACAAAACCUCCAAGAAAACUGACAAGAACCGAAUCUGUGCCCAAGUUGAACAGGGUCAUUGAUAGGGAAUUCAGAGUAUCUUGGCAAGUGCGUCAUCACAGGCCCAGUGUACCAAAUCUGUUGGAUUUUGAUGAAUAUAAAUCAAGGAAGAGAAUGCAAGCUGGAGAGGAUGAGAGGGAGUGGGUGCGAGGAAUUUGGAACACCUGGUUUGAUCAGGUUUUCCCUCCCACCCCCACUGGGUCUGACCUGGAAGAGGAGGAAGAGGAAACUGAUCUGUACUCACAUGCAGAAAAUCUUAACGAGGAGAAGAAAAAAUCGAAAAAAGACGUGAUAUCAGAUGUUCUUGUUCAAGAUAUCGAAGAGAUUGAUCCCAUUACAAAUACACCUGAAAAUGCUGAAAUUUUUCAGAUUCUGGUGGAUGAAAUUGACAAGUUAUCAAAAGUUAUUGACAGUAUGCAGAACCCAACUGCUUUUGACUUGUGUAGGAGGGGAGCUUUGUACAGAAAGAUUGGGAAGUUGAAAAAAGCACAAAUUGACUUGGACAGAGCAAUAAAAUUAGAACCAGACCUCCUGGAUGCUUAUUGGCACCGCCAUCUCCUGUACAUUCUACAAGACAGGAAAACAGAAGCUGUGGAUGACUUGAAUUUCAUCAUGAAAAAGAACAAAAACCAUUCAGGGGCAUACCGAUCUAUGGCUGAGAUCCACAGAAAACAAGAAGACAUCACCAUGGCCAUUAUUAAUUAUUCCUCUGCCAUCAAGUACAACCCAACUGACCAUGAAGCUUAUUACCAGAGGGCACAACUAUAUGAACAAAGAGGAGAGAUGCUGCUGGCCAUGGAGGAUUACACCAAAGCCAUGACAAUAAUGCCCUCACGCACUGAUGCUAUCAUGAAACAUGGAAUGUACUAUUUUGAAAAUGAAAACUGGAACCAUGCCAUCCAUGAUUUUACUGCCUUGCUGCGAGUGGACCCACUCAACUCCACUGCCAGACUGUUCCGAGGACGAGCUUACGCCAAGAUGAACAACUGGGUGCCAGCUGUUGAGGACCUGAGUGCUGCCAUACAUCUGGACCCUUUUAACUGGCAGGCCUUCUACCAGAGGGGCUGCAUACUCAGAAGAGCCCACCCUGAGAGAGCGCUACAAGACUUUAGUGUCUCACUGCUGCUGAAUGACUCAGAAGAAAACAUCAUGGCUUUUCUUCAUCGUGGUAUUCUGUACAACACACUGGGCAGGCCAGACGAUGCUAUACCAGAUUUUGAAAGUGUGCUAAAGCUGAACAAAGACCUGGCAGCUGCUCAUGUAAAUCUGGGCUUGAUAUUUAUGACCAGGCACUUCAAUUUUCAGAGAGCUAUCAAAAAGUUUACGGCUGCAAUCAAAGUUGAUCCCACCUAUGUCAGAGCCUAUGUCUGUCGUGCUACAGCUUACCACAAAAUUCACGAGGCAAAGAACGCCUUAAAAGAUUUUACUCGAGCUAUCCACCUGUAUCCAGAUGUUCAACAGUAUUACACAUACCGGGGUCAACUGGUGCUAGAACUGGGUAACCUUGAACUUGCUGCAUUCUGUGUGAGGCAUUCUUCAGAGCUAGGGGCAGACAAUCCAAACAGUACAGCUGGAGUAUCGCCUACACAACAAGCAAUCGUCCAGUCUUUCCUCAAAAACUACGACAAGGCUGUGGAUGCCCUGCAGCAAGCAGCUCGAGUCAAGCCCUCAAUGUCUACCUUCAUGCUGCUGGGUAAAACUUACAUGAAAGCCAAACAGUUUAAGGAAGCCGCGGACAGCUUUAAGCUGGCUUUAGAGAAAAUGAUGCCAUGGAAGAAAGGAGACGUUUGGCCUGCCGAGACAGCCGAGGCUCACUACCUCUCAGGUCUGUGUCUGAUGGAGCUGAGGAACUACAGCGAGGCUCAUCUACAGUUCAACUAUGCUAUCAAGUUCAACCCUUCUUAUGCUGAUGCCUACUACCAGAGAGGGUUAGCAUCAGUGAAGCUGAGACAAGCAAAGGGAAUACAAGACUUCAACAAGGCCUUAGCUCUGAACCCAAAAAUAUUCCAGGCAUUUUUAAGUAGAGCAUGCUAUUACGGACAGAAAGGGAAAUACGCCAAAGCAAUUCUCAACUGCAAUGAGGCCAUUAAACUACAGCCAAAGAGUGUUAGAGCUUAUCUGUAUAGGGGUGCACUGAAGUACUACAUCAAAGCCUACGACCUGGCCAUCUUGGAUUUGACCAAGGCUACCACCAUAGACACCCAGUGCCCCCUGCCCUACUUCAACAGAGCCGUCUGCUACCAUGAGAAUGGUCAGCAUGAGAGAGCUCUCACAGACUACAGUAUUGUCCUGUUGCUGGGGGACAUGCUGGAACUCAAGGUACUUACCAACCGAGGCUUGUUGUACUUUGAAAAAAAAGAUUACCUAAAUGCCUUGUAUGACUUUGAAGCUGCAGCCAAACUAAACCCAAGUGACCACAGGAUACACCAUACAUUGGGGCUUUGUUUGCAUAAACUUCGUCGACUGAAAGAGGCUGUGUCCACCUUCACCAAGUGCCUCCAGCUGAAACCAUUUUUCCUGGAUGGUUUGAUCGCCAGAGGUAAUGUCUUCAUGGACUACGGCCAUGAUGUGGGCCUUGAGAUGGCCAGGAGAGACUACCAGCGCGUUUUGCGGCUUGACCCACUUUGUCUACCUGCCCGUAUCAACCUGGCAUACACUGCGCAGGUGUCUGGCAAACUGAUGCAGGCGUGGAAGCAUUUUACAGCUGUCAUUGAUUUAAGACCAGGCUACAAACCAGCCCUGGAGGGCCGAGCUAUAGUCAAUCUUCAAAUGAGCAACACAUUCGGAGCUUUCCAGGACAUCAACACCUCAGUAAACUAUGGACCAACGGCUGAACUCCUGACCAAUAGGGGUGUUGUCCAGCAGUUUAUGGGAGACAGUGUUUUAGCCAUGCAAGAUUACCAAAGGGCAAUAAAACUUGAUCCCACCUUCUCACUGGCAUAUUUCAAUGCAGGGAAUGUUUACUUUCAUACCAGACAUUUUAAACAGGCCUUGGACUAUUACACCAAAGCUAUUAAGUACAAUCCAAAUGAUGAAUCUGCUUUCCUUAAUUGUGCCAUUACGAAGGUUUUGUUACAUGAUACAAAAGGCGCCUUAGAAGAUUUUGAAGCUGCUGCCAAGUUGAGUCCCUAUUCAGCCCAUAUCUACUUCAACAGAGCUAACUUGUAUGCAUCAAUGCAACAGUAUGAAAUGGCAGAGAUAGAUUACACCAGAGCCCUAGAGUUGAAGCCUGAUGAUGCCCUAAUGUUGAAGCGAAGAGCUGACAUUAGAGGAAAACUGGGUAGAAGAGCAGAAGCCAUUGAAGAUUAUAAAAGAGCAGUGGAUAUUCAGACCAGACCAAAUAAAAUCAUUACAGGGUGAACCUUUCAUUUACAGUGUAAAGAUUCACUUUGCCUAGAAAUGUUGAAAAAGAAAAUUAUUUUAAAACCGUGCCCCAUGAUACAGUAAUUUUAUACUUUAAAAAUAAAAGACCAUCAUUUACUGGGGGGAAAAUGCACAACUAUGCAUAAAUGCUUAUUUUAGGAAAAAGUUUACUGUAAAUUCCAUUUUGACUAUACUGCUGAUUUUAUGUACAAGUAUUAUUUUGAUUGUAUUAAUAUUUUUUGACAGUCUGUAUAUUAAAGUGUAUGGCAUUUUUAUACACAGCAAAUUCUAUUAUUUACAAUUAUGUUUUUAAUUGUAAAAGUUGUAAUAUAUUAUUGUAACUAGGUUUUUAAGCUAAAAGGAUUUUUAGAAAACUUA